AUGGCUUCCUCUACCCAAAAACCCUCUUCUUCUUCUACCUCAGUCCGUAAAUAUCAGUUCGAAGUGUUCUUGAGUUUUAGAGGUGAAGACACCCGCAACAAUUUUUCGGAUCAUUUAUUCGUAAAUUUGCAUGGGAUGAGGAUUAAGACUUUCAGAGACGAUCAACUUGAAAGAGCAGAGGAGAUCAAAUCAGAACUUUUGAAAACUAUUGAAGAAUCAAGAAUUUCCAUAGUUAUGUUCUCAAAAAACUAUGCUCAUUCCAAGUGGUGUUUGGAUGAGUUAGAAAAGAUCAUGGAGUGCAGGGAAGAAAUGGAACAAAUAGUCUUUCCGGUGUUCUACCACGUGGAUCCUUGUGAUGUGCGAAAGCAAACAGGGAGCUUCGGAGAGGCAUUUUCCAUUCAUGAAAGAAAUGUAGAUGCGAAAAAGGUGCAAAGGUGGAGGGAUUCCUUGACUGAAGCAAGCAAUCUUAGUGGUUUCCAUGUGAAUGAUGGGUAG